AUGUAUUAUGUACCAAGAAGCAGUUUUCAACAAUUCAAAUUUACCAUUUUGGCCAUUGACUUAAGACUUUCAAAACGUUCUCCUAAGAUUACUCAGAAGCUGGAGAACUGGGGAGCACAGACACAUCUGAAAAGCUCCACAGCUAUGUUUGAAAUGGCUGUACAUGGGUAUUACUUUUACCACUCAGUUAUUGCUCCUGAAAGGGCAAUGUACAAACACCAGUGUGCAGUGACUAAUCACCAACGCAUCAUCAAACGCAGCAGGGCCUGUAUUUCUCGCCGUUUUACCUACACUGGAAGGCACCCUCGUCAGUGGCACAGCGGCGUAGCUACAGCGGAGCUCCGGGACAGGAGCACCACAGGCACUGCCGGAGUGCUGCCCUUUACCCCCGCCCGUGGAGGGGCCGUGCCCCGCCGGCCCUGCCCGAGCGCGGCAGCCCCGGCCGAGCUGGGGGCUGCUGGGGCUGCUUGCCCAGCCCCGGCCCGGCCCGGCCCGGCCCGGCAGGCGCUCCCCGCCGCCCGGCAAGGGCGCUCGCCCAGCCCGGCCCGGGAGGCCGCGGGCAGCGCUGACCAGCGGCCGGCGGCAGCCCCGGACCCCCAGGCCGCCGCGGGCCCCGAGAGCAAUUUUGGGCACUCGGAGAUCCCCCAGUGCCACGGAGGAGACGCGGGGAGCUCCCACCACGCUCGUUUCAGGUCCGGCAGCCGUGCGGGGCCCCGCGGGCCGGGGUGCCCCCGUGCCUCCCAGCACGGGGAGAGAGAGAGGGGCCGCCCCCUCUCCCAUCCCGGCACCCCAACUCCGCCCGCCCUGCGCUGCCCUCAGCGCUGCCCUGCUCGCUCACCCGCGUCCCGGCCGCCGCCGCCGCCGCUCCCGCUGUGCUCGCUCUCCCCGCCCGGCCGCUCGCAGCCGCCCCGGCGCUGCCGACGCACCAACAUGGCUGAUGGGAGAGUCCGCGCCACGUCAAGGGGCAGAGAGCGGGGGCGGGCUGAGCCCCGCCGCUCGCCCGCCCCCGGGGCAGCCCCCCGGCCUGCCCGGCCCGGGCAGCGGGGCCGCUUCAGCCGUCCCACGGCUCCGACUGUCGCUUCGCCGCCUUGGCAGCUCCUGCUCGCGUGUGUGUGUUCGCUACCCUGUUCGGCUGUCUUCUGAAGGCCGGUCGUCUGCAUCUCGAUCCCAAAUCCAUUCAGUUUCGGGAAUUGUUUUUCACAAGCCUGUCAUGAAGGACCAGAACAGUAACCUCUGUCUUUCCUGAGAUGUCGUAGUGCAAUUAAUCCAGACAUGGGGGAGAACUGAAAAGCAUUCUGCUGACUGGCUACCAUAUCCUGCCUCCUUCACUGCAACUCGGAAAACAUUCUGUGACCAUCAAGCAAAUACAAGUUACUAAAACAA